AUGGUCAAGACUAAAAAGGCUGGAGUUCUCGGUGCCACCGGAUCUGUGGGCCAGCGAUUCAUUCUGCUGCUCUCGGAGCACCCCGAGUUCGAGCUGUCUGUUCUGGGAGCUUCUUCUCGAUCUGCCGGCAAGAAGUACGUUGAUGCUUGUGACUGGAAGCAGACGGAUGUUCUCCCCGAGGCUGCUGGCCAGACCGUGGUCAAGGAGUGCACUCCCGAGAACUUUGCCGAGUGCGACGUGGUCUUUUCCGGCCUGGACGCCGACUACGCUGGUGACAUUGAGAAGGCUUUUGUUGACGCCGGUCUCGUGGUGAUUUCCAACGCCAAGAACUACCGACGAGAGCCUACCGUGCCCCUGGUUGUCCCCACCGCCAACUCCGAGCACCUGGACUGCUUUUCCGAGCGAGUGGUUGCUGCCCGAAAGGCUGGCAAGAAGCAGGGCUACCAGAUCUGCAACUCCAACUGCUCUACCGCCGGCCUUGUGAUCCCUCUCAAGGCUCUGGUCGACGCCUUUGGCCCCAUUGACAAGGUCAUUGUCACAACCAUGCAGGCCGUUUCCGGUGCUGGCUUCUCUCCCGGUGUCCCCUCCAUGGAUGUUCUCGAUAACCUCAUCCCUUACAUUUCCGGCGAGGAGGACAAGAUGGAGUGGGAGACCAAGAAGAUUCUGGGCCACGUCAGCGCCGACGGAGCCACCUUUGAGAACAUUCCCGACUCGGAGCUCAAGGUCUCUGCCACCUGCAACCGAGUGGCUGUCAUUGACGGCCACACCGAAUGUGUCGCCUUCUCCUUCAAGUCCGACAAGAAGCCCUCCGUCGACGAGGUCAAGAAGGUGCUCAACGACUACGUGUCCGAGCCACAAAAGCUGGGCUGUCCCUCCGCCCCCAAGAAGGCCAUCCACCUGCUUGAGCAGCCCGACAGACCCCAGCCCCGUCUGGACCGAAACCGAGACAACGGCUACGCCGCAUCUGUCGGCCGAGUCCGAGAGGACGCCGUGCUCGACUUCAAGUUCACCGUUCUAUCCCACAACACUGUCAUUGGUGCUGCCGGAUCCGGUAUUCUGAUUGCCGAGACUCUGCUGAAGAAGAAUCUCAUCUAG